AUGGAUGGUUUACGCUUUCCCAACGGAAUCGAAAUUUCUAGUGACGGAAAAUCCAUAUUACUCGUUGAAACAAUGAAACUUCAAAUUCUACGAAUUCCAUUAGACGGAGGUGAAGUGACCGUGUUCAGUGAUGGGCUACCUGGUUUUCCGGAUAAUAUCAAAGCCAGUCCACGUGGUGGAUAUUGGGUCCCUGUAUCACCUCUUCGUGACGAGCCUCUAUCUGAACUUCUACUCAAUUAUCUACCAGCUUAUCCUUGUAUUCGUCAGUUGGCUUCCAGUAUUAUCUCCAUGCUUCCAUUCACACUAAUCCCGAAAGGAAAAUCAUCAAUGUUAAUUCGUUUAGAUGAAAAUGGACAGAUAAUUGAAAUUUGGAAAGAUUUUCAAAAUGAAUUACCAAAUGCUUGUGAAGUACUAGAACAUGAUGAUACUUUAUACACUGGAAGCUUUUAUCUACCUUACAUUGGUCGUUUAAGAAGAUUGUCAAAUUAA